AAAAUGUGUAAACGGCAAGUGAGAGGUGAAUAGAUAUAAUAUCUUAUCCUGAGAGACAUGAAUGCGGUCAUAGGAUUAGGAAGAUGUUCACGUCCAUUCAAAAGAAACGGUCCUUUCCCACUUCUCCAAUGGAUGCUCUCUUUGUCAAUUCUUAUCUCUCCCGACUCAAACUCAAAUUCUCCACUCAAUUCCCUACCUUCUCUCCCCCGCAACAACAGCCUUUUCUCCGACUCAAAAAACUGAAUAAUAGUAAUAAUUUACGAGUUGUAUUUGCCACGCUUCAGAACCAGCAGCAACGAGAUGCACCAGCAGAAUUUGGUGACUACGAUGCGGAUGAAACGUAUGGAGAAGUUAACAAGAUCAUUGGGAGCAGAGCGAUUGAAGGUGGGAAAGGAAUGGAGUAUUUGAUUGAGUGGAAAGAUGAACAUGCUCCUACAUGGGUUCCUUCUGAUUUCAUUGCUAAAGAUGUUGUAGCUGAGUAUGACACUCCUUGGUGGAACGCGGCGAAAAAGCCCGACGAGUCUGCUCUUAAGGAACUCAUUGAAGCUGAUGAUGACAGAGAUGUCGAUGCUGUUGAUGAAAAUGGACGAACGGCUUUGCUGUUUGUCUCGGGACUCGGAUCGGAAGCCUGCGUUAAGCUGUUAGCUGAGGCCGGAGCUGAUGUUAAUUACCGCGAUAGGAAUGGGGGAUUGACUGCCCUGCAUAUGGCUGCUGGCUAUGUCAAGCCCGGGGUUGCUAAGCUGUUAAUUGAGCUAGGUGCGGAUCCUGAGGUGGAGGAUUAUAGAGGGCAAACGCCGCUGACCUUAGCGCGGAUGAUCCUGAAUCAAACGCCUAAAGGAAACCCAAUGCAAUUCGCUAGGAGAUUGGGUUUGGAAAAUGUUGUUAGAGUGUUGGAGGAGGCCAUUUUCGAGUAUGCACAAGUGGAGGAGAUAUUGGAGAAGAGAGGGAAAGGCGAAAAUGUAGAGUAUUUAGUGAAAUGGAAGGAUGGGGAAGAUAAUGAAUGGGUUAAAGCAUGGUUGAUAUCUGAGGAUUUGGUGAAAGAUUUUGAGGCUGGAUUGGAAUAUGCAGUGGCGGAGUGUGUUCUGGAAAAGAGAGAUGGUGAGAACGGGAAAGGCGAAUACUUGGUGAAAUGGGCUGAUAUUGAGGACGCUACUUGGGAACCCGAAGAAAAUGUUGACCCCCUUCUGAUAGAAGAUUUUGAAAAGGGUCAACAGAAACUAGUAAGUUGAACUCAUAAUGUUACUCUUUUGGCUUGUAUUUUUCCUUUUUCGCGGUAAUAGAAUGUCUUUUGUUUAUGAACUAUAGUUAUGGUAAUUUAUGUACUUUCGAGGUUGUCUAACAAGUUGAGGAUAAUUUUCUAUUUAGUGAUCCUAGUAUGGGAAAUUGUAGAUCA